UUCUCCCCGCCACCCCGGCUUCCGAAUAUGUCGUUUCUCUCUUUGAAGCUUCUUUUUCUUUGCAUCACCGGGUGGAGAAGACGCGCGCCAUAACUAUGGCGCCAAGUCUCUUCUGCUGCUGCGGCAAACGCUCCUCUUCCGCGGUGAACGACGACAAGGGUUGCGGGGACGAUAACGCCGCCGCGGAAGAGGAGGGGGAGGCGGCGAGGGAUGGGCCAGUGGUGGUGGAGCUCUUCUCGUCGCAGGGCUGCGCCACCUCACCGGAGGCGGAGCUGCUCUUCUCGCGGCUAGGGCGGGGGGAUUUCGACCUGGAGGAGGUGCCGCCGCUCGUCUUGCUGGCUUUCCAUGUCGACUAUUGGGAUUAUACGGGGUGGAAGGACCCUUUUGGUUGCAGCCAAUGGACCGUCCGGCAGAAAACCUACGUUGAAUCCCUCCAACUUGAUACCAUGUUCACGCCAUUAAUGGUGGUUCAGAGCCAGGAUCAAUGUGUUGGUAAUGACCAGGAUGCUGUCUUGACCUCCAUCAAGUCUGCCCCUAGGUUCCCACCUCUAUCCUUUCAGGCAACGUUCGAAAAGCCAACACCAGACACAUUGGAAGUGUCCCUGACAGGAACUCUAAGGAACAAGGUGGACAGCAAUGGAGUCGACAUCAAGGUGGUUCUAUUCGAGAGCGGUUUGGUGACACGGUGCGAGGAGGGAGAGAACAAAGGCAAAGUUCUGGCAAAUGACUAUGUGGUCAGGAGGCUUGAGAAGCUCUGUGAAGUCAAAGAUAUCUCUGGGAAGAAGACACUCUCAGGAACAGUCGAAUUCUCACUCUGGGAAAACUUCAACAGUGGCAAAUGUGGCAUGGCUGUGUUCAUGGAAAAUGGGUGUCAUCAUAUUUUGGGUUCACAGAAAUUCGAAUUGCCAGAUAAUCUGUAAAUAUUCAUUUCUGGGAAUCGAAAAACCUUAAGAGGAUGAUGAAUUUGCAGACACUAUGAAUGAGCACAAGGGAUACAUG